AUGAAUAGAGCAAUUGCGCCAGUCCUCGCAACCGUUUGUGGUGUAGCCACUGCAUUCGCAGCAUUCCAACCAGAACUUCAAAAACAAGCAGCAGAAAGAGAAGGAAAGAAUGUAGAGCAAUUCCAAGAGCAACAUGGUGGUGCCAUCCCCCCAACAUCCCACGACCCCUCUAUACCAGACAUCAACAACAACAAAUCCAUCGGCGCAGAAGUAAAACAACACCUGAACGAAGCAAAAGAUGAAGCAAUGACAGAGAUCCAACACAUCAAAAACGAAGCAAAGACAGAUGUUGCACCACAAAAGGCUUGGUGGGGAUUAGGUUUAUUCGGAGCCAGCCAGGGUGGAAGUGAAAGCCCUCGAGAGGGUGAGAAGAAGCCAUGA